GUUUGAAAAGACUCUAAUCGACUCCUUGAGUUGCGGACCUCCUCUUGAGUUCUUCCUUGAUACCGUUCGCCCUCAUGGCCCACCCUUACGAGCCCUGGUUACGGACAGCACCACCUAGUGGCAGCUCCGAGGACAUGAACAUCCCAUCCUGGUGGGACCUCCAUCGUGAUGUGCAGGCUGGGAGCUGGAUAGAUCUGCAGACGGGUCAAGGCUUGCCCUCUGUGAGUCCAGGCAGCUCUAUGGGUCUGCAGCCCUCGUUAGGACCUUACGGUUCUGACCCACAGCUGUGUGCCCUCCCCCCGGCUCAGCACGCUUCACACUCGUCCCACCUCUUCCCUCAGGACGGGUUCAAGAUGGAGCCGAUGGCGCCAGAGAUGCUUCAGCAGGAAGCCUUCUCCUUGGAGGAACCUCAGGAGAGCUCCGUGUCGGCUCGGCCCAAGCCCCAGCGCCGCUCCUCCUCUCGAGGCGGGGGCCAAGCCGUGUGCCGCUGCCCCAACUGCGUCCAUGCCGAGCAAAUGGGCCAGAGCGCUGACGACAGCAGGAGGAAGCACAUGCACAACUGCCACAUCCCCGGCUGCGGCAAAGCCUACGCCAAGACCUCCCACCUGAAGGCGCACCUGCGCUGGCACAGCGGCGACCGUCCGUUCGUCUGCAACUGGCUCUUCUGCGGCAAGCGGUUCACCCGCUCCGACGAACUACAGCGCCACCUACAGACCCACACCGGAGCCAAGAAGUUCAGCUGCGCGCUGUGCCCCAGGGUGUUCAUGCGCAACGACCACCUGGCCAAGCACAUGCGCACGCACGAGUCCCCGCCCUCUCACGGUGAGGCGAACGGAGACGGGAGGGUGGAGAAAGGCUUUGACGAAGCUACGCAGCCACAGUCUUCAUCAAACGUGUCUGACAGCACCGAGCCUCUGCUGAAGCUGAAAUGUGAGACGGAACCGACGGUGACGGAGCAGUCCGGCUAGUUGCAUCCCUUCAGAGACGCUCGCGUAGUUAGGAGUUCACGUUCUGCCGUGGAGGAGUCGUAGCUUAGAAUAGAGCGUAGAGGAAAGAUUUGGACGAACUUU